CGUAAAUUGAACUUGGGAUGUUCGAAUUGAAAACCAGCAGUGAAAUCGCUAGAACAAAUUCUGUUUCGUACUUUAGUAAGAUAGUAUAUGUCAUUAAUAUGGCUUAUUGCGAGUUGUCAGUUGUCACACACAAUUAUGCCAUCUAGAAACGACGACGUAUGGGAAGGGGAGUUAAAAUUGGAAACAGCAAGAAAAUGGGAGCGAAACGCACGGGUUGGUCCGAGAAGAGAGAGAGAGAGAGAGAGAGAGGAAUACCAAUCGGCCAAAACUCUGACCUUCCUUCCAUCCAUCUAGGGUUUUCCAUUCCUUUCCCAAAAGGCGACACUUCGCCUCGCUAGCUACCUUCCAGUUCCCGGAUAAACGAAGGACCUCUGAAUCUAUCGCGCUCGAAUCAAAUGGCGACCGUCGCGAACUCGAAUCAGCAGCAGCAGCAGCAGGGCGCGGGGGUGGUGGUGGAGAAGAAGAAGCCGGUGUUCGUGAAAGUCGACCAGCUGAAGCCGGGGACCCAGAACAACAACCUGAUCGUGAAGGUUUUGUCGUCAAACACCGUCUUGCAGAAGGGCCGGGCGGCGUCUCAGCGCCUCCGCAACACUCGCAUCGCGGAGUGCCUCGUCGGUGACGAGACCGGGACCAUCCUCCUUACCGCCCGUAAUGAACAAGUUGACUUGGUGAAGCCUGAAACCACUAUCAUAAUCCGAAACUCGAAGAUCGACAUGUUCAAAGGUUCCAUGAGGCUAGCUGUUGACAAGUGGGGUCGCAUCGAAGUCACUGAACCUGCUAAUUUCGUGGUAAAAGAUGAUAACAAUAUGUCGCUGGUGGAGUAUGAGCUGGUGACGGUUGCUGCAGAUGAGUAGAGCUGAUGUUUUUCAAGGGGUGGUGCUUGUUAGGGAUGGAGUUUUUUUUAAUGGUUUUUCUGGGGUUUUUUGCUUAAGUGGAGAUAUGUAAGUCUUUAGAGGCCUGAUCAAAGUUUUCUGGUUUUGUUCCAUUGUGUUGUGGGAUGUUAAUGCUAUGACUCUUUACUGGGUUUGGUAUAUGGAACCUCCCUGAAAUUGGUUCAGUCUCUGGUAUUUUAAGCUUGCCUUGAGUAACAUUUGGUGUUAGAACUGUUAAUAGUAGAUCCUCUAUUGUUUAGUCGAUAUCUCUGGCGAUCUAUGGUUGAAGUAUCCAUAUAACUAUUUGUGGUCUUUCGUCGCUUUCUUAUUGCGUGCAUCAUAGUACGAUAGUCUUCGUUCCACACGAGCAGCUCUUGUAAUUGAAACUUCAAUUGGCAUGUUAUAACUAGGAUUGGGAUCCAGCAGGAAUCUAUGUACUCUGUGUCGUUGUGACCAAAUCUGAAUUGAGUAGCAUCUUGGCACGGUGUCGAUCCGUAGAGUUAAGGCAGAUCGAUGAUGGUAAGAGUCAAGGGAGACUGUUCAGCUAAGAGCAAGAGAAAGAGACCAGCAUCGUCGGACAUAGGCAUGAGAAACUGGACAGAGGACAGUGAUAUGAACAGCAUGCUUCCAGUUCCCAGUUUUGCUGGAACAUAGCUAGCUCCUAGCAGAGGCUGUAAUUGAUUCUUCCUAGAUCGAUGCAAACUUGAUAUAUAAUGCCUCAACAUGAGGAUGAGUAAAUUGCAACUCCUUCCCUCUCACAGGAGAAUGAAUACAAGCAGCUCAAGUUUCAUCAGCAAGUAUUAAAACUUGGCAACUGUUCCAAAACUCAGAUUCUAGUUGGAAACCAGAUUGAAUUGUAUAAACAUAGGAAGUUCGAAUAGUUGAAUUUGGUCAUUCAACGCUUGAAACGCCUUCAACGACAACUCGCCAUCUCAUCUGAAACAUAACGAAGAUAGCGCACACUCUCUAUCACGGUAUAGAACUAAUUAUCCAUCUGCAUAGAACAACACGAAGCAAGGCGUCAAUAUAGACUCGAUAUGUAUCGAAAAUGAAAGCCACUUGCAGCAGAGCACAUGAUCCAGACACAGAAAUUCCAAAAGGAUUGGUCUGUAAAUUCAGCAAGACGCACAUAAAAGCACAGACAGUCAAAUCCAUACAAUCCAAUCUUUUCACAAGAACAUCGACACGAGCAAAUGAAGAACAAUCUUCCUCCAUCGGGCAAAUUGGCAACCAAUAGAAGAUCAAUUGCCUACGAGCGCAGUCUAGACUGUUGCAUGCUGCACAAUGACGUGAUUUACAAAACCGUUCGAGAAAAGGAUUGUUGCAUAAAGCAUAUGACUUCCCUUUGAGAACUCUGGAAAACUGCAGAAUAUGGGACAUUAGACUCGAACUUUCAUGGAUAUGAUUGGAUUCACAUUUCCAUCAUACACAUCAAUCAAUCAAUCAAUCAAAUUAACCAAUUCAUCAUAA